AUGGAUGAGCAAGUUAUUUUUACAACAAAUACCUCAGGAACAAUAGCUUCUGUACACUCAUUUGAACAGAUAAAUUUGAGGCAAUGCUCCACUCAAUCAAGAAAUAGCUGUGUUCAAGUAGGAAAUAAAUACCUUUUUAUUGCUCAAGCACAAAAAGCAUUAAUCAAUGUCUACAAUCUGUCAGGUUCUUUCAAAAGAGAAUCUGUUGAACAGCGCUUACCAUUACCUGAAAUCCUAAAAUGUCUGGAAGUAGUUGAAAAUGAUGGUGUGCAGUAUGAUAGAAUUCAAGGUGUCAAUCAUAAUUUACCAGACUUCAAUCUUCCGUACCUUUUACUUGGCUCCACCGAAUCGGGUAAAUUGUACAUAUGGGAGUUAAAUUCAGGGAUUUUAUUGAACGUGAAGCCUAUGGCUCAUUACCAAAGUAUCACCAAGAUUAAGUCCAUUUUAAACGGCAAGUAUAUUAUUACUUCUGGUAACGAUUCGAGAGUUAUUAUAUGGCAAACUGUUGACUUGGUAUCAGCGUCCAAUGAUGAUCCUAAGCCUUUAUGUAUCCUUCACGAUCAUACUCUACCCGUGACAGAUUUCCAAGUUUCUUCUAGUCAAGGAAAAUUUUUAUCAUGUACUGAUACGAAACUCUUCACAGUAUCUCAAGAUGCUACCAUUAGAUGCUAUGAUUUGAGUUUAAUAGGCAGCAAAAAGAAGCAGAAGGCAAACGAAAAUGACGUUAGUAUUGGUAAGACCCCAGUAUUGCUUGCGACAUUUACAACUCCUUAUUCUAUCAAAUCCAUUGUACUGGAUCCUGCUGACAGAGCAUGCUAUAUUGGUACUGCGGAAGGUUGUUUUUCAUUGAAUUUAUUUUAUAAACUAAAGGGUAAUGCUAUCGUUAAUCUGCUACAGUCCGCCGGAGUAAACACAGUUCAAAAAGGUAGGGUUUUUUCCCUAGUGCAACGUAACUCACUAACUGGCGGCGAAAAUGAAGAUUUGGAUGCACUAUAUGCAAUGGGCCAACUUGUCUGUGAGAAUGUCCUAAAUUCAAAUGUGUCAUGCCUAGAAAUAUCAAUGGAUGGUACAUUAUUAUUGAUCGGUGAUACGGAGGGGAAAGUUUCUAUUGCGGAAAUUUACUCAAAACAAAUCAUUAGAACUAUCCAAACUUUAACUACAUCACAGGAUUCAGUUGGAGAAGUGACCAAUCUCUUAACCAACCCUUACAGACUCGAACGUGGAAAUUUACUUUUUGAAGGAGAAUCCAAAGGCAAACAACCUAGUAAUAAUAAUGGUCACAAUUUUAUGAAGAUACCAAACUUACAAAGAGUUAUCUUUGAUGGUAAAAACAAAGGCCAUUUACACGAUAUUUGGUAUCAGAUAGGAGAACCAGAAGCAGAGACAGAUCCUAACCUCGCAUUACCACUUAACGACUUUAAUGCCUAUUUGGAGCAGGUCAAAACGCAAGAAUCGAUAUUUUCACAUAUCGGUAAGGUGUCAAGCAAUGUAAAAGUGAUUGACAAUAAAAUCGACGCCACUUCAUCUUUAGACAGCAAUGCCGCUAAAGAUGAGGAAAUUACAGAACUUAAGACCAACAUAGAAGCAUUAACUCAUGCCUACAAGGAGUUACGUGACAUGCACGAAAAGCUGUACGAGGAACACCAACAGAUGCUUGACAAGCAAUAA